AUGGUGGGCUUCGGGGCCAACCGGAGGGGCGGCCGUCUGCCUUCUCUUGUCUUCGUGGCACUGCUGGUGGUGAUCGCAAUCCUCGCUUUCAACUGCUGGAACGCCUCGUCCCGCCAGGCCCUGCUGCAGGAGGAGGUGGCAGAGCUGCAGAGCCAGGCCAAGCGCACCGAGGUGGCCCGUGGGCGCCUGGAGAAGAGGAACUCCGACCUGAUGGGCAAGGUCGACUCCCACAAGAAGCAACUGGAGCAGAAGGAGGCCGACUACAGCCACCUCAGCAGCCAGCUGCAGGCCAGGGACGGCCAGGUGAAGAAGUGCGAGGACAGCAAGGUGAAGCUGCAGAACAACAUCUCCUAUCAAAUGGCAGACAUCCAUCGUCUGAAGGAACAACUGGCAGAGCUGCGCCAGGAGUUCAUCCGCCAGGAAGAUCAGCUUCAUGAGUACAAGAAGAACAACACUUACCUUACCAAGAGGUUGGAAUAUGACAGUCUGCAGUGUGGGCAGCAGAUCAAGGAGAUGAGACUGCAACAUGAAGAAAACAUCAAGAAAUUAAUGGACCGAGUUGUGCGGGAACAAAAGCAGGCCACACAAAAAAUUCAGUCUAGUAAAGACACUGAAGUCAGUCCCAAUAAUGAUGACCAGGCAAUAUCUAAGACUGUUCAAGAGGCAGAAGAUGAAAACACAGUGAAGAACGAGCAGCCUUCAGACCACGCUGUAAAUGGCAAAGAGAAAAUCAAACCAGGAGGAGAUGCUGGCAUGCCUGAGAUAGAAGAUAAUGAUCCUGCUAAAGCUGAAGAUACUCCCACUGCUCUGAAGAAGCCACUUAUUUCAGCUCCUAAAAGUGAGGCUCAUCAGCCUGUGAUAAACUUGCCAACUGAACAGCCCCAUGCUCCAAAUCUGGCACCAGGUCUGCACAGUGACACUGAUGGCAACGCUGACAUGGCCAAGGAGAUCCCUCCAAAUUCUUUCCAGCACUUAAAUUUUGGAGAAAACAUGGAAAACCCAAAGGAACACAGAAUUGAGACAGACCACAUAAAAAUCCCAAAGAGCAGAGUGAGUGACCUGCAGAAGAUGAAGCAAAGCCGGUUCUUUGAUGAGAACGAGUCCCCUGUGGACCCGCAGCAGGGCUCUAAGCUGGCAGAUUAUAAUGGGGAUGAUGGGAACGUGGGUGAGUACGAGGCAGACAAACAGGCUGAGCUGGCUUACAAUGAGGAAGAGGAUGGUGAUGGUGGAGAAGAAGACGUCCAAGAUGAUGAGGAAAGAGACCUGCAGAAUGACCUGGCGGAUUACGGCAAGUCACGCUUCAGCGAUGGCGUCCUGUGAGGUGGGAGUGGGCUGAGAGGAGAGCUCAGCUGAGGAACCUGAGGUGCUGCAGAGCUGAACCAUUUCUACUUCAGCAUUUCUUACUCUGAAGGAAGCUGCUGAUGAAAAGUGAUGAGGAAACUCCAAAAAUCUGUGAAGUAAGGAAGGGGAGGAGACUUUCUGUACAGAUGUACAUAGUUGUACUCUUGCAAACGGUAUGAAACCUACAGGUCUGUGCUGGCAUCCAGCCAGUCACUCAGACUGCACCUUCUGUAAUGAUCUCUCCAGUUAAACCCAGCACUAGCAACAGGGCUGAAUCGUUUCUGCCACCCAGAAAACUUUGUAAGCUGCAGAACUUGUACAGUUUGUACCUGAUGUCACAAACACCCUGUGGAAACAGACAGCCAAAGGACUCCUUUUCUAUACCACCCCAGCUGGUCCCACCAGAGCUGUGUCUCUCUGACUGCAGGUGAGCUGAGGAUGAAAACUGAGUGCUCAGAGUGUUGCUCCUUCCUUCAUUUCCCUGGAUAAAGGUCUUGGGAAGCAAGUACCAUCCUGGUUCUCAUGUACCGUGACCAAAUCUUGUAGCUAGAGCUGGAAAUCAGCAAUAAUAGAAUGAACGUUUGGUACAUUCUGAGAAGUUGUGUCACUUACAUUGAAAAGGUGACAAAAAGAAUGGGGCCCAGCUUGUAGGAGAGCUUUGUGUGGGUGUUGAAAGGUGUUAAUGAGGAACAGACAACUCUACAACAGCUUUGUGGGACCUGACUGGGAGAAACAGCCCCUCUUACCCUUGGCAGACACGCUGCAUGUGCUGCCACUGUCUCAAGAGCAUUGUCCCUCCUGUGUCACAGCCACUCCAGAUGGUUUACAAUGUUGUGCUUUGGUACAGGACUCAACAUCCUCCAUGUUUCGUGGUUUGAGUUUUUCCAUCAGGUUUUGUCACUCAGAACCUUUUGGUACCUGUCUGAGUUCCUCCAUCAGAAGGUCUGUCAGUCAGAACCUUUGGUAUCUGAGUUCCUCCAUCAGAAGGUC